AUCAUUGGCUCAAAUGCUGUUUAGAUCCACGGUACCCACCCCGCUCAUCGAAAUCCCAAUCAUCGACGUAGAGUUGACUGGAGGCGAUGGCGGUCGCCAGCAAGCAGUUGCCCGUGAAGGAAAGCGCGCUCUUCCGCUCCAUUGUGAAAUGCUACGAAAUCAAGCAGUACAAGAAAGGUCUAAAGGCUGCUGAUGCCAUCCUGAAGAAGCACCCAGAGCACGGCGAGACGCUGGCCAUGAAAGGCUUGACGCUCAACUGUAUGGGCCGCAAGGAAGAGGCCUACGACUUCGUCAAGAGCGGCCUUCGCCACGACCUUCGUUCGCACGUGUGCUGGCACGUCUUCGGUCUGCUGUACCGCUCCGACCGCAACUACAACGAGGCCAUCAAGUGCUACCGUAACGCCAUCCGCAUCGAUCCCGAGAACCUGCAGAUCCUGCGGGACCUGUACCUCCUGCAGGUGCAGAUGCGUGACCUCAAGGGCUUCGCCGAGACGCGUCGCACCAUGCUCACGCUCAAGCCCAACAACCGGAACAACUGGAUCGGCUUUGCCAUCGCGCACCACCUCGUGGGUAACUACCAAAUGGCUAUUGACAUUAUUGAGAAAUACUUCAGUACAUUGGAGGGCGAACGUGUGUCCAAUUACGAGGACAGCGAGAUCUACUUGUACCAGAACCAGUUGAUUGAAGAAUCCGGCGACGCUGAGAAGGCUCUGGCUCACCUGGAAGAGAACAAGAGCCAGAUCACGGACACCUUGGCGUGGCGCCAGAAGAAGGGACAGUUCUUGUUGCAGCUGGAGCGCUAUGACGAGGCACAUGAGGUGUUUGAGGAGCUGCUAGAGAUCAACUUUGACAACGAAGAGUUCCAGCGUGGCGUGCAGUGUGCCAUUCUCAAGCGCAAGGACCUGUUUGUAGCCAAGUCUGGUCCGAAGAAGGCGCCGUUGCCGUCCGAGACGAUUGACUUCACCAAGGAAAAGAACGGAGCUGAAAUUGAGAAGGCCCUUGUGGAUUUCUAUGCUGAGAAGAAGACGACGAUUGGCGCAACGUCGCUGAUCUCCCUGCGCUUCCCACUGGACUUUACUCGUGGUGUGGAGUUUAAGACGUACGCGGAUGUAUAUCUCAAGAGACAGCUGAACAAGAACGUGCCGUCGCUUGGAUCGGAUCUGAAGCCUUUGUACGCUGACAAGGACAAGGUGAAGACGCUGGAGGAGCUGAUUCUCAGAUACUUGAAGACGUUGGAGGCCAAGAAGCCGCUGGACAUGGGAGAUAACUCGAUGGCUGCCAACGACACUGAACAGGUGCUGCUAUGGACCAACUACCUCGCAGCGCAGCACUUCGACCGCCUGGGCAACCACACGAAGGCUAUCGAGUACAUUGAGAAGUGCAUCAAGCAGGAGCCGACCCUGUUGGACUUUUUCCAGCGCAAGGCACGUAUUCUGAAGCACAUGGGCGACCUCAACAAGGCCGCUGACGUGAUGGUUGAAGGCCGCAAGCUUGAUCUGGCUGACCGAUACAUCAACAACAAGGCGACAGAGUAUCUGCUGCAUGCGGACCGCGUGGAGGAGGCCGACGCUACCAUUGCGCUCUUCACUCGUCAUGAAGGUGACCCGCAGCAGAAUUUGUACGAUAUGCAGUGCAUGUGGUACGAGAUCGAGUGUGGCAAGAGCCAACUGCGUCAGAAGAAGUACGGCCUGGCCCUGAAGCGCUUCUUCGCCGUGGAGAAACACUUCAACGACUUCGUGGAGGACCAGUUCGACUUCCACACGUACUGCAUCCGCAAGAUGACGCUGCGUGCGUACAUUCAGAUGCUGCGUCUGUGUGACGAGAUCUACGGCCGCCCGUUCUUCGUGGAGGCUGCCCAUGGCGCCAUCGCUAGUUACGUUGCUCUGGCGGAGAAGGAAGCAGAGAAGGUCGAGGAGGAGGCCAAGAUCGCUGCAGCCAACGCCAACAUGUCGGCUGCUGAGAAGAAGAAGGCGAAGCGUGCAUUGGCCAAGGCGCGUAAGGCGGAGUUCAAAAGGAAAGAGGAGGAAGAGCUCAAUGCGAAGCUGCACAAGGAGGUCGAGGACAAGGAGCGUGAGGCCACCAAGAAUGGCAAGGCCAAGGCAAACCCGGGCCCUACGCGCCCCAAGGACGACGAUCCGUUCGGCGAGAAGCUCGCUGCGAAGCCUGCUCUUGAAGAGGCCUGGCGCUUCGUGUCGAUUCUACAACGUUAUGCCUCGGAGGACGUGAAGACGCACCUUGCUGCGUUCGAUAUUGCGCUGCGUAAGAAGAAGUUCUUGCUGUGUUUGCAGGCUCUGCUGAAGGCGCAGAAGCUGGAGAACCUGUCAGCGGAGACCAAGAAGGAGCUGAGCUCACGCCGUGCUGUGUUCCUGGAGGAGGUGAAGCAGGUGACAAACCCCGUUGUGCUCAAGGUCAUUAACGAGAAGAAGGCUGAGCUCAAGGAGUAGGUGCGAAGGAUAAUGUUUCGAGGUGUGGACGUUCCUCGAAUUGGAUGCGAGCGACGUUCACGCAUAGAGACGAGGUAGAGACAGGAGAUGCAACGAGCGUUUGUCGAGAGUCAAUAGAGCAGCAUCCGGCGAUGUGCGCCUGCAGAAUGAUAAGCAUUUAUUUUUUGCGAGGGCAGCAAUGUCAGGGCUCCCACGAAAGCGUCAACUCCUUUGCAAAUAGGCCUUCGCGUCAGCUUUGAUGGAGGUCAUCAUGGCGUCUGACAGCGUCGCGACCGGUAGAGUCAAUUUGGUAAUGUUAUAACAU